AUGUCCAAAUUCGGCGCAUUAGUGAUGGGUCCGGCAGGAGCCGGCAAAAGCACAUUCUGCAGCGCCCUAAUCCAACAUCUCCAAACCACCCGCCGCAGCUGCUUCUACGUCAACCUCGACCCAGCCGCCGAAUCCUUCGCCUACGAGCCAGACCUGGACAUUCGCGAACUCAUCACGCUGGAAGAUGUAAUGGAGGAGCUGGAACUUGGCCCAAACGGCGGUCUAAUCUACUGCUUCGAGUUCCUGCUACAGAACCUGGAUUUCCUAUCAGAGGCGUUGGACCCGCUCAGCGAAGAAUACUUGAUUAUUUUCGACAUGCCGGGGCAGAUCGAGCUGUAUACGCACGUGCCGCUAUUACCGUCACUAGUGCAGUUUCUGAGCAGACAGGGUCCGUUAAAUAUCAGUCUUUGUGCAACGUAUUUGCUUGAGAGUACGUUUGUGGUUGAUAAGGCGAAGUUCUUUGCGGGCACGCUGAGUGCCAUGUCGUCCAUGUUGAUGCUGGAGAUGCCGCAUAUCAAUAUCUUGAGUAAGAUGGACCAGGUGCGGGAUAUGAUCUCGCGCAAGGAGUUGAAGAGGUUCGCGAAUGUGGAUGUGCAGUUGCUGCAGGAUAGUGAGGGUACUGAGGACGCAGCGGGUGAUCCCUUGUCGAAGGAUGCGUUGAUGAGCGGGGGGUCAUUCCAGCAGCUGAAUCGGGCCGUUGCACAGUUGAUUGAUGAUUUUAGUAUGGUUUCAUUCUUACGGCUGGAUGCGCAGGAUGAGGAUAGUGUUGCAGGCAUCUUGAGCCAUAUCGAUGAUGCUAUUCAGUAUCACGAGGCGCAGGAACCAAAGGAGCCCAAGGAUGAGCAGGAAUUCGAUCUAGAGGAUGGAGAUGAGUAA